AUGACUUGGUUUGAGAACAAGGUCACCGCAGUUGACAAACAUCGAACUACGACUAGAGGGAGCGUGGUUAGCACCGGCGGAGCGGAGGAUUGCUCAAGGGGGGUGGGGCUUGGGUUGGGGUUGAGGGAAGGGGAAGGGGAAGGGGAGGGGUGGGGGUUUACUCUGGCUGGAGAGCCGGUUAACCAGGGGGUGUGGAGGUGGGGUUGGGGGAGGAAAGGAGGCACCUACCACGGGGCACGAUGGCAGGGGCUUACUGAUGGCGAGAACAUGGAGGGCGGGGGCAGGGCUGCACUGCCCGAGAACCUGCGGGGGGGAAGCCAAUGGCUAGGCGGGGGUGGUUCCGAGGGCCUAGGCGGGGGCUCGCAGGGGACUACGCCACGAGCGUCAGCACAUCAUUCACAGAAGAGCUUGGCAUCUUGCACAGCGAGCGAUAUGUCGAGCUGCUGA